AUGUCGUUCAUUUUUAUCCCAACUGUUCGUACAAUGGAACAAGCUGAAAAGGUGCUUGGCCACGCCAACACUUUUUUGCGUGUCAAUUCGUCUCAUAUGGAAGUCGACCAACUUGUUGUGUUUGUUGGCGAGUUGACAAAAAAGUACCCCGGACAAAGAAUAUAUGUCGAUCUGCAAGGAAGUAAGAUCCGUGUUUCUCGCUCUCAACCAAUUAUACAACUUGUUCAAGGCACUGAGGUGGAGCUAACUAUUGAGGAGCCGACACCAGACACGAAAAAGAUUCAUAUUGGGAAUCCAAACACCAUCAAGUUGCUUCAAAAAGGGACUCAUGUGAAGAUCGACGAUGGCCGCCUUGAAAUUGAGGUCGUCUCUGUUGAGUCUGAAAGUCACGCCGUUGCCAAAAUACUCAAAGGCGGCGAGCUUAGACCAGGAAAGGGAUUCAAUCUCCAACCCCAUCCUUUCGUUCAAAACGCGUUGAGCCAACGAGACGCAGACAUAGUUGAACGACUUAAAGAUGUUAAAGAAGUCUGUUUUGCACUUUCAUUUGUAUGUGUUGUAGAAGAGAUAUUGGACCUUAAAAAGCGAAGUGGUGGGAAAUACGUUGCCGCGAAGAUAGAGAGGGAGAUGGACGUAGAGAGGCUUCUUGGCAUUUCAAAGGAAUGUGACGAGAUCUGGAUAUGUCGAGGGGAUAUGGGCGUACAGCUUGGAUUUGUUGGGAUGGCAAAGUUUGUGAGGGAGUAUACCACAUUUAUGAAAACAUUGAAAUGCCCAUCCAUUAUGGCUGGCGAAGUGAUGGAACAUUUGUGUGAUAACCUAAUCCCAACUCGUUCUGAAAUCUGUUAUUUGGGUAAUUUAAUAGCCGACGGUUAUGAUGGAAUGGUGUUGUCAGACGAAACUGUCUUUGGAAAAUAUCCCAAAGAAACAAUGGAGUUCUGUGCGAAUUUCACUAACGAAUAUUUGAAGUGA